AUGGGUGGCGGCCGCGGCGAUGGAGCAAGCUACACCUUUGGAAUCUAUUCGUCUCUUCUAAAAUCAUCUCAAUCUUAUGACCAAUCUACCCUUGACACAGUCUCUGUCUACAAAGACAUCGGAGCCAACGUUGGCAUCCUCUCCGGCCUCUUCUAUACCGCGGUUGCAAGCGGCAAAAGCGGUAGCGGUCGCUUCUUUAAUGGGCCAUGGGUGGUUAUAUUUGUGGGGUUGCUUCAGUGGGUCUUAGGGUAUGGUUUCAUUUGGAUGGCUGCGUCCGGAGUGAUCGACCGGCCUCCGGUGGCUGUCAUGUGUUUGUUCAUGUUCUUCGCCGGUCAUUGUCAACCUUUCUUUAAUACGGCGAUUGUUGUCACCGCCGUCCGGAACUUCUCCGACUAUGGUGGGACCGCCGUUGGCAUUAUGAAGGGUUAUGUUGGGCUAAGUGGAGCAAUUCUUGUUCAAAUGUACCACAUUUGCUGUGAAGGCGACCCAACGAGUUAUAUUCUUCUCUUGGCCGUAGUACCGUCACUUCUCAUCUUGACAGCGAUGCCCUUAGUUAGAACGUACGACACAGUCAUCGCAAGCGACAAGAAACACUUGAACGGUCUCUCUGCCAUCUCCUUGAUCAUCGUUAUCUAUCUAAUGAUCGCCAUAUUGGUCGAAAAUCUUAUCGGAAUGUCAAAGCCUAUGAAGAUAUGCUCCUUUACUAUUUUACUUCUCUUGCUCGCCUCUCCUCUCUUGGUCGCCUUUAGAGCACAGCGUGAAGAGAAAGAGAGAUUCUUGUCUUUGGAUUUUCCAGUUACCGAGAGUACCACCUUGCUUGGCUCUCCAAAGCUCAACACUUCUUCGGGUGUUAAAGUUGUCAUGACCAAUGACAUGAACGUCCUUGAAUCAAUAUGUACAACCAACUUCUGGCUUCUAUUCCUAGCGAUGAUAUGUGGAAUGGGCUCAGGGCUUGCGACGGUAAACAACAUCAGACAGAUGGGCGAGUCACUUCGCUACUCUACGGUUCAACUCAAUUCUCUAGUAUCUCUCUGGAGCAUAUGGAACUUUCUAGGCCGGUUUGGGUCAGGUUACAUCUCAGACGCCUAUUUACACAGUCAUGGCUGGCCAAGACCGAUUUUCAUGGCCAUAACUCUAGGGAUUAUGGCUAUAGGUCACAUUAUCAUGGCCUCCGGUUUACUAGGAAGCCUAUAUAUCGGGACACUGUUGGUCGGUUUAGCGUACGGCUCUCAAUGGUCACUCAUGCCGACGAUAACCUCUGAAAUAUUCGGGGUUCUUCAUAUGGCAACUAUAUUCUAUACGAUUUCCAUAGCCAGUCCAGUUGGUUCGUACAUUUUCUCAGUGAAGGUAAUAGGUUACUUGUACGAUAAGGUAGCUUCGGAGGACGACCAUUCUUGUUAUGGGAAUCAUUGUUUUGGGACUUCGUUUGUGAUAAUGGCGGCCAUGGCUUUGCUUGGAUCUCUUGUGGCUCUUGUGUUGUUCUUCCGCACAAAGAAGUUUUAUGCAACGCUUGUGGCCAAGAGGAUCUUGAAGUAA